AGUUCACGCGUCCAGUGAAGGAGUCAACUACUGCAGUUAAGCCUCACCAGAUACAAGUCUUUUAGCUAGCAAGCUAUUCAUUCUCAGCAUGGUAUUUUCAAAGCAGAUUAUCCCAGAUGACGUGAAAAUGGAAUAUGAAAUGAAGGGCUGGGUCAAUGGCUAUGAGUUUACCAUUGAAGGUGAAGGUGACGGAAAACCUUACGAGGGGAAACAGACGGCCAAUUUUAAAGUCAUCACAGGGGCACCACUUCCAUUCUCCUUUGACAUACUGUCCCCAGCGUUGCAAUAUGGGAAUAGAUGCUUCACUAAGUAUCCUGAGGGCAUGCCCGACUAUUUCAAACAAGCAUUUCCCGCUGGAAUGUCGUAUGAAAGGACAUUUACAUUUGAGGAUGGAGGAGUUGCUACAGCCACUGGACACAUUAGGUAUGUGAUGAAUUACAAAUGCGGUUAA